AUGCAGGCACGUAUGUCUCCUGCUUGGAUCGAGUCAAUCCUUUCCUCAGUCAAGAGAGUCAGAGAAGUUGUCAGGAGCAGUUGUGCUCUUUUGGAAAGAGCAGCAGAAGAUCCAGCGCAUCCACAUCCUCUCGACUCCAGUUCAGUAGAAGACAUUUCCUUCUGUGAUUUCGAAUCUCCAUGUUCGUGGACGUUAUCCAAUCAGAGUGCUGGAGGGGACUGGAAUGUCACAUCACCACAGCAACACAGUCCCAAUGGGAGGGAUGACCAGCUAAACAAAGAUUAUUCCACUGGAAAAUUAGAAGGUCAUUUUCUGUUACUAAAGCCCACCUCAACUCAUUUCGCUGCUGACAGAUGUAGUUUCCACCUGACCAGUCCUGUAGUGCUCAGCAGUGGGCCACUGUGUCGUCUCCGUCUCGCUCGCUUCCAACCAGAACCACAUACAGGAAACGUAUCUGCCUUUGUGAAACACACCGACCACACCGUCAUCAAACCAAUAGCCCUUACAGUCAAAGAACAAGGAACUGGCAGGCAGCAGUGGGAGGUGCUGGAGGCUGUUAUUGGCCGCUUAGAUGAGCCUUUUCAUGUGACAGUGCAAUACUCUUCCUGUAGCAGCCAUGAAGUUGGAUUUCUGGCAUUUGAUUCACUUGAGUUGAAGGAUUGUGCCAUGGGUGAUGAUUAUUUGGAUUUGGGUUCAGACUGUGAGAAAUACUCAUCACUUCACUGUCAUUCUGGAGGCUGCAUUGAGAAGCGAAGAGUGUGUGAUUUUCAUACUGACUGUCCUCAAGGGGAAGAUGAGGGCUUAAUAUGCA